GGGAAUUGACUCGAGGCUGAAUGAUGGACUUUAGUACUGGUGUUAACUGUAAAAUAUGUUAUGAGAGGAACAUAAAGUUCCCUCUGAAACAGACAGUAUCUGUGGAAUAAAGGUGGUUAAAGUGAUCUUUAGGUCUAGAAAGACUCUCCCACUGCUGCUGGGAUGAGUGACUCUCAGGAGAGAGAGGAGGCUGCAGGUCCCAGUGAGACACUCAGACCAGAGUCUGCAGCACAUGGCUUUAGGACCAUGAAGAAUGCUGAAGACACGGCUGAUCCUGGGUCACCAACACACUCUGGUGGAGGAUCAGAGACACACAGACCUCGAUCUCCAGUGCCCAGCUGUGUGUCCAUGAAUAGUGAUAUGUCCCUCCCUAAACGUCCAGACUUCAGCAGUGACCCACCACACUCUGAACCCAAAUCAGAGACACACAUACCUCCAUCUCCAGUGCCCAGCUGUGUGUCCAUGAAUAGUGAUAUGUCCCUCCCUAAAGGUCCAGACUUCAGCAGUGAGCCACCACACUCUGAAUCCGAAUCAGAGACACACAGACCUCCAUCUCCCAGCUGUGUGUCUGUGAAGAGUGAUAUGUCCCGGCCUAAACGUCCAGACUUCAGCAGUGAACCACCACACUCUGAAUCCAAAAAGCCGACAGUCAAUUUUAUAAAGGCAAUCUACAACACCAUGGGAAACUCCCAUCGAGCAUUUGCUAUGGUGAUGAUUUACAUGGCUUUAUUUUCAAGAGGACAAGUUGACAGUGAUGUGGAAGCUCUUAGGAUAAUGGACGAAGUUUGGAAGACAGAAAAGAAUUUGGGCAAAUUCAUUCAUUUAUGUCUGCAGGGUAACUCCCUGUGCAGUGAAGACUCCAUCCAACGAUACUUAAAUUUCUCUGGGGAUCCAGAUCCACCAUACAAUGGGAAGAGUAUUAUUGUUGAUGAUGAUGAUGAUUCCAUUCCAUGGUUUCACAAUUCAACUGAAGGAAAUGUGGACAGGAGGGAGGAUGCUAAAUUGGUUAGCAGUGAUGAAUUCACGGAACAAAACCACAAUGCCACUAGAAUUCCACCACAAGGACUUGGUCGACGGGAUGAUAACUCCAUGAAACAAAGCGACAAUACCACUAGAUGUCCAUCACAAGGAUAUAGACUUGGCAGCAGCAGGAAUGGUGGCAAUUAUUUUUUGCGGCAGAUAGCAGAGGAACGGAGACAGAGAGAGAAACAGCGACAGAAAGAGGAGAAAAGGAGACAGAUACAGCGACAGAAAGAGGAGAAACAGCAACAUGAAGAGGAGAAACUGCGGCAGAGAAAGAAGAAACUGCAGCAGAAAGAGGAGAAACAGCAGCAGAAACAGCAGCAACAUCAGCAGAAGCAGCAGCAGAGAGAGGAGAAACCGCAGCAGAAACAGCAGGAACAUCAGCAGAAGCAGCAGCAGAGAGAGGAGAAACCGCAGCAGAAACAGCAGCAACAUCAGCAGAAGCAGCAGCAGAGAGAGGAGAAACCGCAGCAGAAACAGCAGCAACAUCAGCAGAAGCAGCAGCAGAAAGAGGAGAAACAGCAGCAGAAAGGGAGGAAACUGAGAAAGGAUAUAUCUUGCACAAUGUUCUAACUGGUACACACUUAUUACUCUUUGAUACAGUGACAUAAACCCGUUAAAUGGUUGUAGCAGCACAGCUGUUACAUGUACACUGAAGACAAUGACCCCUUGACUGGAGCUAAGAAUGAUUUGUAUAUCAAAUCUUUCAUGACCAGAUUUACCCCAUCCAGCAGGUCUCAGGUCAGCCCUGUGCUUCUGAUGAAAAAUGUAGGCAAAUUGGCAAAGUUUUGUAAAGCACUCAGUAUUACAAUGUAACAACUAUGGGUCCGUUCGAAUCGGAAGGCAGCUGCCUACUGCCUCCCUCCCUAAAUAGAGAGCUCUCUAACUAGACAUGACUUUAGUUUAAACGCGUCGUUUAAAAAUGAGCGUAGCACUCUAGAAUCUUUGGUUAACACUACGGUAUGACGUUAGCAAAAGCCUGACGUUAAACUAAAUUAGCCUACGUAAGCUAGCAGGCUAACGGUAUAAAGUAGUUUCACUGACAGCUAAUAUCUCAGACCAGGCGUUAUUAGUGAGUACAACAAUGGUAUAACCAGGUAGUAAAUUGUUUAUUUUCAAUCUACUUUCCACAAAUCCAAGCUAAAUAACGUCACACAAAUGACAUUUCAACAGACUCAGCAGUCAUUUACCGAUAUCGGCAGCCAUGUUUGUUUUGUUUUCACCGAGAUUCAGACCUGGAUGCAAAGGAUUGUGGGUAGAAGGGAGCUUGUAGUGUACAUCGAUGCUGCCUUCAAAAAUGACCGUUAUUCGGGAAUUCUAAGAUAUCUUAGAAGGCAGCGAAAAUCGUUUUAUCGGUUUCGAACGGCCUUCGCUGCCUUGCUCUCUAGUUAGAUAUCUUAGAAGGCAGCAGUUUUACCCGAUUCGAAUGGAGCCUAUAUGUAGGUACCCACAAAUACAUAAUGCAAGUACAAUGGUAGUACCUGAUAGUACGUGUUGUUACACAGGUUGUACCACUGCACCUAAUUAGGUAGGUACACUGUAACAGCGACACCCCAAGCUAAAGUGUUACCCUUUAUGGUAAUGUGUCACUGUUACAGUGUACCUCAUGAUAGAUUUGAUAUACAAAUCAUUCUUAGCUCCAGUUAAGGCCUUUUGUCUUCUGUGUACAUGUAACAGCUGUGCUGCUACAACCUUGUUAAAGGUUUAUCCCACUGUAUUGUAGAAGGUGGUCGAAAGUGAAACCGUGGAAAAGUAUGAUUGUACCCAUAAGGUUUGCUAGAAGGUUUGCUAUAAUUGUGCAAAUGCAGCAAUGAUAGAUAAACUUAUAUGAAAAGAAUAUUUACUCAGAUUUUUAAAGUGUGAUUUUUAGGGCUGUCAAUCGAUUAAAAAUUGUAAUCUAAUUAAUUACAUACUCUGUGAUUAAUUAAUCUAAAUUAAUCGCAUAUAAAAUGUAAUCGCAAAAUCGCAAUGUCAAAACUAUUUCUUUGCAGUAAUGUGAUACUUCAGAGUUGACAAACUCCGGUGAUAUGCAAAUUCUGUGCUGCAGACAUUGCAGAGGACUUUGUUUUAAUCAACACUUUCUUUUUAACAUCGUCAGGCUGGUUUUUUUUCAGUAAAUGUUCCAAUCAAUGAUCCAGGCAGCACAUUCUCGUCUCCCCAUUUUACAGUCUAAUGGUUACUGACUAGAAUGGCUCUAGGUCAAAGGUCAUCGAUUAAUCUGUGUUAAUUUUUUUAAUCAGUUAUUUUGUCUCAAAUUAAUUAAUCUAAAUUAAUCAGUUAUUUUGACAGCCCUAGUGAUUUUGCUUAAAUAAUAAUGUAGCUUUACUUACAAUAAGAAGUGUGAUUUUGCAGUGGGAUUAAAAAACGGUAUUUAUUACUUAAACUUUAAAGAAUAACUGUUUCAACUUAAAAUGUAUUUUUCUUUGAAUUUGAUAGAAUGUUUAAUCAAAAGAUUUAAGUGUUUUAAUUCAGCUUGUUUAGUAUGUCAUGUUUAAGAUAAACCUGUCUGGACAAUUUUCUCAACAAGCAUGUACACUAUUGUGUAGAACAUUUGUCUACAUGCGUUAUUUCAUUCCACCCUCAAACCAUAUAAACAUAUAAUAAAAAGGCACUCACGUUGAGAUCUUUUCAACACGCGACCUGUACU